CCUUCUUGGAAUUGAGUAUUCCAAAGCUACAGUAGUAAAUUUUUCUUUGCUUUGUGCUAUAUAUAAGUCAGUAUUAUUGAAUAGAGGAACUCAGCAAAAAAUUCUUGAUUUCUUCUCUACCAACUUAAUUUUUAUAAUUUUUAGUACAGAAAUGGGUUAUCAAAAACUUGCAUUGUUUCUGCUAUAUAUAGCCUUUCUCUGUCAACUUGUUUCCUCUUCAUCCUUACCUCAUUUAUGCCCCAAUGAUCAAGCCCUUGCCCUUCUUCAAUUCAAGCACAUGUUUACUAUAAAUGCUUCUGCUAAUUCUCAUUGUCAGCCUUCUGAUCCACCAACACUAUCAUGGAACAAGAGCACAGAUUGUUGCUCCUGGGAUGGAGUUUAUUGUGAGGAAACGACUGGACAAGUGAUUGAGCUUGACCUCAGUUGCAGCCAACUUCAAGGCAAGUUUGAUUCUAACAAUAGCCUCUUCCAACUCGCCAAUCUGAAAAAGCUUGAUUUGUCUUUUAAUAAUUUUUCUGGGUCGCUCAUUUCACCUAAAUUUGGUGAGUUUUCUAGUUUGACACAUCUUCAGUUGUCGGAUUCAGGUUUUUCUGGUCAAAUCCCUUCUGAAAUCUCCCAUCUUUCAAAAUUGCGGGUUCUUCGUCUCUAUUCUAAUUAUGAUCUUAGAUUAGGACCUCACAAUUUUGAACUGCUUCUUAAGAACUUGACCCAAUUAAGAGAGCUUGACCUUAGGCAUGUGAACAUCUCUUCCACCAUUCCUCUAAAUUUCUCUACUUUUUUAACAACUCUAUGGCUUCCAAACACACAGUUAUUUGGUAUAUUGCCCGAACGAGUUUUCCACCUUUCCAACUUGGAAUCUCUUUAUUUAUCAUACAAUCCCCAGCUCACUGUUAGGUUUCCCACAACCAAAUGGAAUAGCAGUGCAUCUCUCAUAUGUUUAAUUCUUAGCGGCGUGAAUUUUACCGGUAGGAUACCUGAAUCAUUUAGCUAUCUAACUUCACUAAAAAUGUUGGUCAUGAGGUCUUCAAAUCUCUCAGGGCCCUUUCCUAAACCUAUAUGGAAUCUCACCAGCAUAGAAAUUCUAGAUCUGGGAAGUAAUAAUUUGGAGGGAUCAAUCCCCCAAUGCUUGGGUGAGAUGAGUGAGCUUUCGGUUUUGGAUUUAAGCAACAAUAGUCUAAGUGGGACAAUUAAUACAACUUUUAGAAUUGGAAACCAACUCAACAUCAUUAAAUUGGAGGCGAAUAAGUUACAGGGAAAAGUCCCACCAUCUUUGAUCAAUUGCAAAUCUUUGGAAGUUCUUGAUUUAGGGAACAAUGAGUUAAAUGACACAUUUCCAAAUUGGUUGGGAGCCCUACCUUAUUUGCAGAUUCUGAGGUUGAGAUCAAAUAAGUUGCAUGGCACCAUUCAAGCUUCAAGGAAUGAAAAAUUAUUUGCUCAACUUCGAAUCAUAGAUCUCUUUUCCAAUGGAUUUCAUGGGAAUUUACCCGUGAACCUUUUUGAGAAUUUUGAAGCUAUGAAAUUAAUUAAUGAGAAAAACGGAACCCCAAGAUAUGUAGGAGAUAGAAAUCGUUACUAUGAUUGUUCUUUGAUGAUUACAACAAAGGGAUCGUAUCGUGAAUUUGUUCGAGUUUUGACCUCAAACAUAGUUAUCGAUCUCUCAAAGAAUAGAUUUGAAGGUCAUAUUCCAAGCAUUAUUGGAGAUCUCAGUGGGCUUCGUACGUUGAACUUAUCUCAUAAUGGCUUGGAAGGUGUUAUACCAACAUCACUGCAACAUUUAUCUGUACUUGAAUCGUUGGAUCUCUCAUUCAACAAAAUUGGAGGAGAAAUUCCCCAACAGCUUGCGUCUCUCACAUCACUUGCAGUGUUAAAUCUCUCUCACAAUCAUCUUGUUGGAUGCAUCCCUAAAGGAAACCAAUUUGCUACAUUUGAGAACAGUUCAUACCAAGGAAAUGAUGGUUUACGUGGAUUUCCGCUCUCAAAAGAUUGUGGCGUUGAUGAUGGGGUACCACAAGCGACAACUUCAGUGGAUCAAGGAGAGGAAGGAGAUUCAGGAAUAAUCAGUUGGCAGGCGUUUCUCAUGGGUUAUGGAUGUGGUCUAAUUGUUGUACUCUCUGUAAUAUACAUAAUGCUGGCAACCCAAAGUCCAGCAUGGUUUUCGAGGAUGGUUGAAGAAUUGGAACACAAAAGUAUUGCUAGAAUGGAAAAACACAAGAAAAGAUAUUAGUGUGUAACAUCUAGAUAUUUGUCAGUGCUCACUAUGACCCAAAAUUUGGACAAGCUGAGCUAUGGAAGAACGUCUUUGGACCAGUUUUGUAUAUCUUAAAUCUGUCGUUGGCGGAGAGGAUCCCCUUACUCUCAGAUACGAUGCCAGACAACAGGUGAUAAUUUGCAGCGACAAUGACGAGAACAGAGGCGACUGAAGUUACUGGAAUUUAAGCACAAACGGCGCCAGUGAAGUACAAAAGGAAUGAAGCGGAGAUGGUCAAAUGCUUUAUGUGAGUGUUGCGAACUGACAGGGUGGAAAACUGUGGUUUUAUAUUGAUAGUUAGAGUGAGAAACCAAGGGCGGUGGAUUGAGGGAGGAGUGAACAGUGUCGUUCUUCUCUAUUGGUGCUAUAGAAUGAAAAGACAAGUAUUGUGACGAAUAUGCAGAUCUAUACAGGAUUUAUACUAAAGAAGAAUGGAGGAAAUUACUCUGCCUAUUUACGCCAAGAAUUGCGGAUAUGAACUUGGAUACAUAUAGGAGGCAGAAGAAGAUGAUAAAUUCCGAUUGUCAAGAACUAUGGUUUGCUUAAUGUUGCUUCAACUUCUUGGCCUGAGGCUUGAUUUCUGACACCCAUGGAGGAAAGAAUUAUGAAUGUGAAUUAUGUCUUUGUAUUUUUGGAACUUUAGGAACAAGUGCAUAGACCUCUGGAUCCUUCUAAUCCCUUAGGAUAAAAAGAGUGAGUUUCUGUUCCGUCAUAUUCGCUUUUGAAGUCACAUGUUAAGGCGUUCAUUAAGCUGGUGAAUUACACUCACAUCAUGCCGACACGUUACACACUGGAUGUGGAUCUGAAGGAUUUGGUGGAUGUUGAUGUUCUUCGGGCAUGUGAUAAGAAGGUUACUGCUGUAAGGAGACUAAGGCUAGGCUUGAGGAGAGGUUCAAGAACGGCAAAAAUCGCUGGUUCUUCACUAAGCUUAGGUUCUAAGCGAAGGAUGAAGUAUGUGACUUAAGUAAAUAAGCUGGAUUCCAAUUACCUACUGACUACUGCCUUAAAAAACUAUUAUAGUAUUCUUAUUUGAGCAUACGCGAUAACAUGCCAUACAGAGUAAAAUGACUGAUUGAGAUUGCACCAGAAAAGACAUUAUGCCUAACUAGAGCAAGUCAGACAUUUAUAAAAAUGGCACCCAUGAUGACUCAAAGAAGCUUCGGCCUGCUGAACUUUCAACUAUAAUGGAGGCUCCUAGAGGCGGUAAAUUAGGAGGUUAUUGAAGUGCAAUAUUUGGCUCGUGAAGAAAUUGAAGUAAAAUAGUAUGUUAAGGUCGACUUUAACUCGGUUAUUGAAGUACAUUUAGCUGGUGAAGAAAUUGAAGUAAAUCGAACCAGUAUGUUAAGGUCAACUUUAAUUAGGUAUCUUACAAAACAAAAAGACCCAGUAGAAAGACUGGAGAGGAUUCAAGGAAAGAUAAAGCUCAUAAAACAUAAACAGUGGGGAGGAUUCAAUGAAGAAAAAGUUGUGAAAAAAGAGUUGGAUGCUUACAAGAAAAGUCAGAAAUUAUAUUAGUUCAAUAUGUAAUAUUGUUUUUCUACAGAAUGUAAGAAAUGCAGGAAUUAUGAUGAGACUUUGAGUCUUUUUGGUUAUUUCUAAUAUUCGUGUUUGAAUUGUA